GCGUCCGACGUCGCCCAAAGAUGGCGCUCAUCGCGGCAGUGACAAGAAGGGCAGCAACCCAGGAAUCUUGGCGACCGCUUUCCUUGCUUUGUCUGGUCGCCACAUGCAACAAUCCCGGGCGUGCGGCGCGGGACAGACGGCUGCCUCCCGCAGUCUGGCACUGCAAGAAGAGCUGCAGAAACACGGGAUUAGUUUCGAAGAGCUGGACCGGCCUCCCCACGACCCGCUGCUUUAUCCAGCCAUUCGGUGCUGUCGGGCUUUCAUCUGCCCGAACAGUGAGAAGGCGCUACGCGUGGCCAACCGCCCCGGCCGCGCAAAGGCGGUAGCAGCGGGUGUGGUUGGCCUGCUACGCAGCGCCGAGAAGGAGGCCAUCGCUUGGGAGGAGGAGCUGACCCUGACGCGGCAGUCUCGCUCGCAGGACCUGCUACCUCUGACGCUGGUGAUCGACUGCGUUCGUUCAACUCAGAAUGUGACAUCACUGCUGGAGACAUGCGCUAUGGCUGGGGUAGGGGAGGUGGUUUUCUGCGGAAUCACGCCCGCUCCUCCAAUGUAUUCCAUCCUGCGGCGUGCGCGUGCUGCGGCGGCGCAGGUUCCAUCAAGCUAUGCUGUGUCGGGGAAGGAUGCAGUCUUACGACUACAGGCCUCAGGCUUUUGCGUCUGGGCGCUGGAGACAACAACGCGUGCCGCGCCACUGGAGCGUCUUGAACUUCCUUCCCAACCACUCGCUUUGAUCGUGGGCAACGAAAAAUAUGGCGUCUCAGUGGACGCCUUGGAAUGCUGCGAUGAGCACGUUUGUAUCACCACCGUUGGGAUCAAGAACUCGCUGAAUGUGGCUGUGGCUGGUA